AAGAUCUUCAGUCCCACAAACUUGUCACCAUCUGAGAAUCCAAACCUUCCUUCCCAAGUUCAUGACACACACAAAAUCCCCCGCAUAACACUUUUUUGACUCAAAUCACAAUCUUGCAUGAAACCAUCCACGUGCCUUGUUCUUACCACCACCUCCUCCUCCUCCUCUCUUCUCUUCUCUUCUCAAACCCAAAAAAACACCAAAGCUUUCGAAAAACCUAAAGCCCAACACCCUCCAAUUCCUUCACACAAAGCCUCACUCUUUCUGUUUCUUCAUUCCUUUUUUCCCGAGAAAAAUUUCAGACCCACCUCCAAAAUCUUGUAGGUGAAUCAAAGAUUUGAUCUUUAGAGACAAACACCAAGUGACGAGGCCCUGAAUCGAGGGGGACGCUUGUCACUGUGAGCUUGAUCACCGACUCAGAGUUGUUUCUCUCUCUCUUUUCACGACGCCGUUUAAAUCUGAUAUGGCGUUUGAUCAAAAUUCGGUUCCCCAAGAUUUGAGGCCUUUAAAUGUAGCUCGGAGUGUGGCUGAGGAGCCCCGCAUUGCGUUGGCUACUACAGCUGGGUUUCUCCCCAACCUUGCUCAAGGUAAUAGUCCUAUGUAUUACCCUGGGCCGGUUUCAGAGGCGGGGUAUGUUAGUUUAGGGUAUGGGAAUCCGGUGACGGGUGUGGCCACAUGGGGCCCUAGGAUGCCUGUGCCGGUGGGGCAUCCGGGUGUGAGCCCUGCAAUUGGUGUGGGAAUCGGUUACAGUCCUAAUUUGGGGAGUAGGGUUGUUGGGAGUGCGGUUGAUCUUGUAAGCUCUCCUGCAGCAGCUGGAGCUGGGCCUUAUGUGUGUAGUUCGAAUGUAGGGAGUAUGGUUGUUGGUAAUGGUUUGGAUCAGGGUGUUAGUGAUUUGUCCGCUCGGUUUGGUUAUAGUACCAAUUUAGGCAGUCAGAGCAAUUUUGGUGGUCAGUCGGGUAGUGAUUUGACAUCUGGGUUUGCUUAUAGUCCUAAUAUGGGAAAUCGGAGUGAUCAAGCCAGUGAUGAUGGCGGAGAUGAUUUUCAACAUCAUUUUUUCCUCUUUCAACAUCAUUUUCAUCUUCUCAUACCUCUUGGCUCUUACCAUUGUCCUCUCUCUGUCUCUUCAUUGGAAAAAGGGAGAAUAAAUAUAUAAAAAAAUCUCUGUGAAACGAGUGAUCAGGAAACUCUCUACCUUCUACAUUUUGAUGGUUUCUAUAAGUCUUAAGGAGAGAGUAAGAAAAAUUGGUAACUUUUCAUCAGAAUGCUACAGCAAAGCAUCAAUUGCUACCAUCGAUCUUCUUUGAGUUAGCAAGUCUUGUUUAUCAAACUAAACUAUUUGGAGAAGAAAGAAACUCCUUUCCUUGUUAUAUCUAUGUACAAAUAUAAAUUGCCUAGAAAAUUU